AUGGGUUACGGCGAAAUCGACCAAAAGGCCAUCAACACCAUCCGCCUUCUCGCGGUUGAUGCCACCUUCAACAGCAACUCGGGCCACCCGGGAGCCCCCAUGGGCAUGGCUCCCGUUGCCCAUGUUCUCUUCAACAAGUUCAUGAAGUUCAACCCCAAGAACCCCAAGUGGCUGAACCGAGAUCGCUUCGUCCUCUCCAACGGCCACGGAUGCAUGCUUCAGUAUGCCCUCCUGCACCUCUUCGGCUACGAUGUCACCAUGGACGACCUCAAGGCUUUCCGAUCAGUCGACAGCAAGACCCCCGGACAUCCCGAGGCCCACGACACUCCCGGCAUCGAGGUCACCACUGGCCCCCUCGGCCAGGGCGUGUGCAACGCCGUCGGUCUCGCCAUGGCCCAGGCUCACACCGCCGCCACAUUCAAUAAGUCCGGUCUGGACAUCGUCGACAACUACACGUACUGCUUCCUCGGCGACGGCUGCCUGAUGGAGGGUAUCUCCAGCGAGGCCUCGUCGCUCGCUGGCCACUUGCAGCUCGGCAACCUCAUCUGCAUCUACGACGACAACCACAUCUCCAUUGACGGCGACACCAACUGUGCCUUCACCGAGGAUGUCGUCAAGCGCUAUGAGGCCUACGGCUGGCACGUCGUCUCCGUCAACGACGGUGACAACGACUUGGCCGCCAUCGAGGCCGCCAUUCAAAAGUGCAAGCAGGUCAAGGACAAGCCCUCCAUGAUCAAGCUGAAGACCACCAUCGGCUUCGGCUCCCUCCAGCAGGGCACCCACGGCGUGCACGGCUCGCCCCUCAAGGCCGACGACAUCAAGCAGGUCAAGCAGAAGUGGGGCUUCAACCCGGACAAGUCCUUCGAGGUUCCCAAGGAGGUCUACGACAUGUACGGGAAACACUCCUCCGAGGGCGCCGCCGCCGAGGAGAAGUGGAACCAGCUGCUUUCCAAGUAUGCUCAGCAGUACCCCAAGGAGCACGCCGACCUGCAGCGGCGCCUCAAAGGCGAGCUCCCCCAGGGCUGGGAGAAAAGCCUCCCGGUUUACACGCCCGCCGACUCGGCCGUCGCCACCCGCAAGCUGUCCGAGACUGUCCUCGGCAAGAUUGAGUCGGCCAUUCCGGAGCUGUUUGGUGGCUCCGCCGACCUGACUGGCUCCAACCUGACCCGCUGGAAGUCGGCCGUCGACUUCCAGCCCAAGGCCACCGGUCUGGGCGACUACGCGGGCCGCUACGUCCGUUACGGCGUCCGCGAGCACGCCAUGGGCGCCAUCAUGAACGGCCUGGCCGCCUACGGCACCAUCCUGCCCUACGGCGGGACCUUCUUGAACUUUGUUUCCUACGCUGCUGGCGCCGUCCGUCUGUCUGCUCUGUCCCAGGUCCGCGUUCUCUGGGUGGCCACUCACGACUCGAUUGGCCUCGGCGAAGACGGCCCAACCCACCAACCCAUUGAGACUCUGGCUCACUUCCGCGCUCUCCCCAACUGCAUGGUCUGGCGCCCUGCCGACGGAAACGAGACCAGCGCCGCCUACUACGUCGCCCUCACCUCCAAGAACACACCCAGCAUCCUGGCCCUGUCGCGCCAGAACCUGCCUCAGCUCGAGGGUUCGACCAUUGAAAAGGCCAUGAAGGGCGGCUACGUCCUCCACGAGGUGCAGGGCGCCAAUGUCACCCUCGUCUCCACGGGGUCCGAGGUGUCCAUCUGCGUCGACGCCGCCAAGUACCUCAAGGAGAAGCACAGCAUCAAGGCACGCAUCGUCUCGAUGCCCUGCUUCGAGGUGUUUGACACGCAGUCCAAGGACUACAGACUGUCGGUCCUGCCCGACGGGAUCCCCUCGUUGUCCGUCGAGGUCAUGAGCACCAUGGGCUGGGAGCGCUACACGCACGAGCAGUUUGGCAUCAACCGCUUCGGCGCCUCUGGCGCCUACAAGGACGUCUACAAGAAGUUUGAGUUCACUCCCGAGGGCAUCUCCAAGCGUGCCGUUGCCACCGUUGACUUCUGGAAGAGCGUGCCCAACAUCCGCUCCCCCGUCAACCGUGCCUUCCAGCAGCUCAUUUAA